AUGGCAUCAUCAGCGAUUCGAUUCGUAGCAGGCACUAAGAAGUCCCCCUUGGGUACUUUAUAUCUACAAUGCCACGUGAAACCUGGCGCUUCCCGAGUUCGUGAGGGGGUCACGGCCGUCACAGACGCGACCGUAGAGUUGUGCGUCUCGGCGCAGGCGAAGGAAGGCGAAGCUAACAAAGCUGUCGUGAAAUUGCUCAGCGGAGUUUUGGGCCUUCCGAAAUCCGACCUGACAAUCACGCAGGGACUGAAGUCCAGAGACAAAACUGUGGCCGUGAGUAAUAUUGAAAACGGGGAACUAUAUAUGGCGAAGGUCAGGGAGCGGCUUGAGGAAGCCUUGGCAGAUAAGUGA